GAGAAUCUUGAGCACAGACAUAUCGCGAAGAGGUUGCGACGAGCGUAGGACGUCAAUUGCAGCGCAUUCCCGCAUCACCGCCUAUUGUCUGCAUCGCCGAUUCCCCUGUCCUCCGCCGCCGCAAUGAUCACCAGAUUCCUGACAGACGUCCGCGUCACUUUCAAUCCCUUCUCCCCGCGCUCCAAACCCGCCCGCCUCUUCCUCUCGUUAAUACCACCGAAUGCACGUGCAGAUGGCAUGAAGAUCGAGUCCAAGAUGCUGCCACGAGACAGCAAAGAGCCUGCUAGUUUGGGCGUCAAGUUCAAGGAUGGCAAGGAGAUGAACCUCGACCUCAGCAACAUGCGCAUAACACAAGUCGUCGAGGAAGUGGAUAGACAUUCACGGUCAUUGGCUCGUAAAGAUGAGUUGGCAGGCAAUUGAGGGUUCAGCAUCAAGACAUGAAUGUACAUAUGUAUCAAGACACAGAGCAUCGGUCGGCGUCACGGCAGUUUUCUGGGUUGGGCUGAGACAAGGCAUUGAUGAUAUUCCUCAUAGGUCCAUAUACCGUCGUUGGUCGGCGUUAAUCAUGCACGUUUAUCU